GUCCCCAGGAUUGUGGAGGGGAUUGGGAGUCUCAAAUCUUCAGUACAAGAGAGACAGGGAGCUCCUGGAGCGGGUUCAGCAGAUGGCAACAAAUAUGAUAAAGAGACUAGAGCCUCUCUUUCAUGAGGAAAGGCUGGGGGAGUUGGACCUGUUCAGCCUCAAGAAGAGACGACUGAGAGGGGAUCUGUGUCAGUAUCUGAGAGUGUCAGAGGAUGGAGCCAGGCUCUGCUCGGUGGUGCCGAGUGAUAGGACAAUGAGGCAACAGGGCAGAAACUGAUGCCCAGUAAGUUCCACCUGAACAUGAGUAAGAACUUCUGUGUGACCGCACACUGGAACAGAUCACCCAGAAAAGGCGUGGAGCCUCCCUCACUGGGGAUACUCAAGAACCAUCCGGACGAAAUCCGGUGCCACGUUGCUCUGGGGGUGACCCUGCCGGAGCAGGGAGCUUGGGCCACCGGGGUGGCUUCCAAACUGACCCGUCCUGUCAUUCUGUGGAAAGCCCUCGGGGCAGGGAUGUCCCCUCCCCGGGGCAGUGGUGUCCCCUCUCGGGAGAGGGAUGUCCCCGGCACAGGGGUGUCCCCUCACGAACAGGGCUGUCCCCUCUCGAGACAGGGCUGUCCCUUCCCCUCCCCGGGGCCGCCGUUCCCGGCCCGGCCCCGCCGCUUCCGGGCCCGUCACGUCCGCGGGAAGCGGAGCGCAGAGCGCGGAGCCGGCGCGGCCAUGGCGCCCAAGGGGAAGGCGGGCACCAAGGGCAAGAAGCAGAUCUUCGAGGAGAACCGGGAGACGCUGCGCUUCUACCUCCGCAUCAUCCUGGGGGCCUCGGCCAUCUACGCCCUGGUGAACCUGGUCAUCUUCUACCCCGCCGCCUCCGCCUGGACGUGGCUCGCGUUCGCCUUCAGCUCGGUGGUCUACGGCACCAGCUACCGGUCCAUGAACUCCAUGGCAAAGCCGUCUUUCACAGACGAUGGCAGCCUUGCCGACGGGGGAAUUGACCUGAAUAUGGAGCAGGGGAUGGCAGAGUGAGUGUCCACACCCGCACGAGUCCAGGCACCUCAAGGAUGUGAUCCUGCUGACAGCUAUAGUCCAAGUGCUGAGCUGCUUCUCGCCCUACGUCUGGUACUUCUGGCUCUUGG